AAAUCUAUAUGCCGCCGAGACGGCGCUUCGAGAAACCGAAGACCGAAGCACCGCGACCAGUCCUCGACACCGAAGUUGAGGCUCCGAAUCCGAAACACAGUGCCGUUCCGCAGAAGGAAUAUGAGAAGGAAAAGAUCUCCUUGGAAUACCCCGCGCUUGGCGAAAUGCGCUUGGAGAAGAAGCAAUCGAGGAGAACCCCGCUUACGUUCAAGCAAACACCUCAAAGGAUUCAGAAGAGAACGAAGCACCACUCGAUUGAUUCCUCGACCCCGUCUGAAUCACUCGCCAUCACGAAGUGUCCUUGGUCUCCUAAUAACAAAUCAGACGGCAAAGACGCUCCCUCAAUUCAGAAGAGUCAAUCCUUCGAAGAGACGAUGAAACUAGAGAUGAGGUACAAGGAACACAUGGCGCGGUUUUCCCUCGACAAAGCCGAUGCCGAAGACAGAGCCAUAGCAGACCUCGCGGUCGUCUAUGAGAUCGACCGCAAUCCUGACGAACGAGUCUCAAUCAAGAGAGAAAUCGUUGGAGAAGUUACCGCUCCUGUUUGGAGCGUCAAUCCCCUCAGAUGAAUUUCCUCUCCGAUCUCGGGUGAUGCAGUAAAUAAAACUCUCGAUCGCAA